AUGGCCUUCGUGCAGGGGAGAUCUAUUGCAGACAACAUCUCUUUGGUGCAGGAACUGUUUCGGGACAUCGACAAGAAAGUUAGGGGAAGUAAUACCGUCUUCAAGAUUGACUUGGAAAAGGCCUAUGAUAAGGUCAGUUGGCUGUUCCCCAAAGAGGUGCUCCAGAAGUUCGGUUUCUGCAAGGAGUGGAUCAGUUUGGCUGAAAAAUGUUGGUCGGGUUCGUGGUUCUCGGUUCUUCUUAAUGGGGAGUCUUCGGGCUUCUUCAAAUUUGAGAGAGGGCUCCGCCAGGGAGACCCUCUUUCACCCAGUCUCUUUAUCUUGAUGAUGGAAUCCCUCGACAGGGGUCUCAAGUUAUGUUUGAAGCCAAUUUUUGUUAGCCCUUUCACACGAGCAGAGGAUGCCUCCCGAUUACCCACCUGCUCUUCGCGGACGAUACGACGAUUUUCAUUAAUGUAG